CUGUUUAUUUUCACCUACACAGAUAUGGCAAUCAUCUGGUGCAAAAGACAGGGAUUAUUCCAGUCCAGGAAAGGAAAACGUAGAAUCCAGAAAUGCUCUGACUUAAAAUAGGCCCACGUUCAUUUGGACUCGUACACCACCAGAGACCAGUGCAGGAAAAUCAGAUGACCCGUGGCAGAGCAGCACCCGGGGAAGUGCACACAGGGACAGCCAGGGAGCUAGUGACAGCACAUGGAGUAAUGGGACACACUGGAAGAAGAGGGAUCUGGGUUGGAUAUCAGGAAGAAAUUCUUUACUGUGAGGGCGGUGAGGCACUGGAAGAGGUUUGCGGAUGCCCCAUCCCUGGCAUCGAAGCCGGGCUGGAAGCGGCUCUGGGCAGCCCGGCCUGGCGGCUCCCUGCCCAUGGCGGGAGUGUCGGAUCUGGAUGAUCUUCAAAUUCCCUUCCCACUCCUCAACAUUCUGUGGUUCUAAGAUUGUACGGCCCUCCCACUAGGGCACACCAGGCGUGAGGGGAGCCCGGAGAAACCCACAAAACGGAGAGGCGCGGUCCGCAUUAACUGAGUCACUUAAACACCCUGCACGUGCAGCUCUAAAAACCUUCACAAACUGAAGCCGGCUGGGGACCAGCCCCGUCCCGGGUGGCGGUGACGGACAUCGCGGGGAGAGCGGGGUAAAGGCAGCGCCGCGGGACCAGCGGCUCACAAACAAACAGCGCCCGCCCGCACUGCCCUCGCCCCGCCCAAGCUCCGCGCACGCGCAGCGGCUCAACGGGCGGGCACCUCCACGUGACCGGGGAGCGCGCGGGGCGGGGCCGCCCCGGCGGCGGCGCAGAGGGGAGGGGGAGGAGGCGGAUCCAUCAUGGCGUCGAUGCAGAAACGAUUACAAAAAGAACUAUUGGCAUUUCAAAAUGAUCCACCUCCAGGAAUGACUCUAGAUGAAAAGAGUGUACAAAAUUCAAUUACACAGUGGAUUGUAGACAUGGAAGGUGCUCCAGGAACACUCUAUGAAGGGGAAAAAUUUCAGCUUUUAUUUAAGUUUAGUAGUCGGUAUCCUUUUGAUUCGCCUCAGGUCAUGUUUACUGGAGACAAUAUCCCUGUUCAUCCUCAUGUUUAUAGCAAUGGUCAUAUCUGUUUAUCCAUUCUAACGGAAGACUGGUCUCCAGCCCUCUCAGUGCAAUCUGUUUGUCUUAGCAUUAUUAGCAUGCUUUCCAGCUGCAAAGAAAAGAGGCGACCUCCAGAUAACUCAUUUUAUGUAAGAACAUGUAACAAGAAUCCAAAGAAAACAAAAUGGUGGUAUCAUGAUGACACAUGUUGAUGCCACCAUUUUGUGAUCCUCGUAGCAGAAGAUAGUCCUACUGAGAAAAUGAGCACUUUGAUCAUUCAGUCUUUGAACUUUAACCUUUGACUGGAAGUGACCUAUAGGCAAUGAAGACUACUUCCUUUGACUGCAUUUUUACUAGUGUGCAUUCUGGGCGCAUGUUGAUCGCUGGUUCAGUCCAUGCAACUGACAUGCUUUUAUUAGUCAUACAGUAUUAAUGCAGGUGUCCAGAAAUGUCAGAAUAAUUCCAUUAUUUUUAUUUUAAGCUUUUGGAAGAAUUCCAGGUCUUCAUAUAUUGUGCAAUAACACUGAGCUCCUUGGCGGUUUUGGUGCAUCCAUUGCCGGCAAUGGACAUUGUACCAGGGAAAGGUUUUGCUCCUGCCACAAAAAUGAUUGACACAUGACUGAGCUUAUAUGAAAGUUUUGGAUAUAUUUGGAAUAUAAGCAAGGGAUUGACAAUUACCUGAAAUCCAGCCCAUUCUUUUAUAUUUGGAUUCUAUGCACUGUGACCACAAAACUAGCAGCAUGAGUUAACAUGCCUACCUGAAGGACUGUAAUAAGAUCAUUACGUAUUUAUUAAAUUGUUUAUCUGCUGUCAAAUUGUUUUGACAUGGGCGGUUUUUCAAGUGACAUUGGCAGAGAGGUACAAUGUUAUCCCUAUGGUGAAAUAAAACUACUUUUUGUAUAUAGUUAUUCAUAUCUCUGAAGCAAAGGUAUGAGUAAUUUAGGGUAUGAGUGAUUUAAACAAGAAUUUAUUUUGGAGAUAGAGGAUGGCAGUGAUAUAACUGAACUUGCUGCAGUCCGUAAUUGGGCUUGUAAUUUGUACUUUAGAGCUUUUUCCAAAUAGAUUGCACACUGUUAUUUCCUGCUAGCCAUCAGCAUGAGCCCUACUGCCUACACCAAUAUUUCAUUUAUUUAUGUGUUCAAAAGCAAUCCAUAUAACAUUUUUUGUUUGCAUUCACUGUUUCUUUUGUGUUGUAUGUCAUGUUUGAAUGUUACAAAACAAUAUUUUGAUUGAAAAGCUUUGUCAGAAGAUAUUUUCAUGUAAAUUAUUUCUUUAUCUUGUAAGCAUCAUCUUGUCUUUUAAUCCUGUAUUAUAAAAAGAAAAAAAAAUACAUUUUUGACAGAGGCUUAAAGUUUUCACAAAAAAGUGUGGACCUUCUUAUUUAAGUUUAGACUAAAGUAUAUUUUCUUAACUUGCUUGUCCCACAUAGCCGUGCCAAUUUUUCCUGGCUUUUCUUCACCAAAAAAAGGGGGAAAAGCCUAAAAUCGGACAUUUUUCUGUUGAGCAACAUUUACUGAAAUGACGGUUGUUCUCAGCACUCUGUAAUAUUUUGAUACUGCAAUUAGGUUGUCUUUUUAGGAAGCACUUUUAUAAACUAAAUACCUUUACACAUAUGCAAAAUUUCUAUAAUUUUUUUUACUGUUGCCUUAUUGUUGCACUCAAAAAAAAAAAUCAAGCAAUUAAUGCAUGAAUGUCUAAAUCAAGUAAUAGCUUGAUGUAAAAACAAACAAAAGCAAAAAAAAAAAAUCCCUAAACCAAAUCCACAAUGACUAACUACAAUAAAAACCAGAAAAUUGGCUAAAAAGACUGAUUUUUUUUUAAUCUGCUGUAUGAUAACUGAUGUUUUAUAGCCUUGUACAUACUUCUCUGUUACCUAUUAUUUAAAACAUUUAAAAAAAAGUAUAGAUGCUUAACUCAGGGUGGAUAGAGUUUAGAUGGAUUUGCUUCAGAGAAGUAUUUUGUACAGCAUCAGAACCGUAGAUACUGGCAGUGAAGUGAGGCUACAAUAUACUUCAGGAACUGCUUUUUUUUUUCCUCUUGUACUGAAAAUAUCUCUUGGCCUUUAAAACUCAAUGGUAAAAUCUAGUUUUGGAUAUAAAUUUGAUGUGUGUAUAUAUUUUCACAAUGAGCCUUGGAAACAUUGAAUUAAUUUUCUUUUAAAAGCCAAAAAAAUAGUUUUAAACAAAAGAAGUACUUAUGCUCUAAACUUUUUGUUUAGCAAAAUUUUGUUGUUGUGAGAUCAUCAAACUGGUUAGUUUCAGAAAUGGUUCAUGUGAACGAGCAGUAAUCUGAUACUUAAUCUGUAUCAUCUUGUUCACUGCUCUGUAUGAAAUGAAACAGUUGAGAAAUUAAUGUAUGACUCGUUUAUAUAGUGGAUCCUAUCAAAAUAGUCCACAGGAAGGAGACCUUAAUGUGACCAGGUAAUGUCUGAAGAAAUGGCUUAAGUAUAUCUCAAAUUUAGUUAUCUUUUCAUAUAUAGUGGCUUGGGAAAUGACAAUACAUGGUUUCAGAGAAGCUUCAUGACAUACCAUAUGUAUUUUGUUGAAGAUGGGUGUUGUAGUGCAAAGCAUUAUGCAUUUUAUUGACCUGUGCUGUCACAUGGACUAUAGUGAAGUUAAAUAAUCAGAUUUAUGCUGCUCUUUAAUAAACUCCCACCCCCUAUAUCUUAGAUCAAGAAAAUGCAAGGUAGAUUAGAAGUGAGUGUACCUCAGGUCUUACAGUUUACAGCAGAAAUGCCUCAUUGGUUCUCUUUUAGAUCUGUGGGUAAGUUCACCUAUAUGGAGAGGGCCAAGACAAAGCUUAUAUACCACUCAAGCCCUCAAGAUAAUGCAACUAUUCUGACAAUGCUAUGAUGUCCUGAAAAAGGGCUUCAAUUAAAUGGAGGUGGUGCCAUCCUUUCCCGAGGGUGACCCUGUGUAUGUAACUUUCUUUCACUUGGAAUUUCUCACAUGGAAUAGUUACAGAAUUGGCUUGAAACUAUCUUGCUUUUAUUUUGUGUCAAUAUUCAUGUUGUUAAACACUUUGUUUUGUGUUUAGUGUCUUUAUACUAUAACACAAUAAAUUCUUGUUUUAAAAUAGAUUACUACCCUUGAA